AUGACUGACCAAAAAACUGUUGUUGUUCUUGGUGCGGGAUGGGCCGGUUUGCCGCUCGCCCACAAGUUACUUAAAUAUACUUCUCCCAAGACGGCAAUCAAAGUCAUCCUGGUAUCGCCAAACAGCCAUUUCUUCUGGAACGUGGCGGCUACCAGAGGCCUUAUUCCCGAAAUGAUUCCAGAUGAAUCGAUAUUUAUCCCCAUUGCUACUGGAUUUGAGCAUUAUACAGUCGACCUAUUCGAAUUUAUACUUGGCAGAGCCACUGACAUCCAAUCAUCAUCGAAUUCAGUUACUAUCCUUACCAACACUGGUGGGAGUCCAACUGGUGUCGAGAUUGCGGGAGAGUUAGCCGCAAAGUUUGGAAAGCUUAAAAAAAUUACGCUCAUUAUGCGUGGUGAUGUCCCACUGGAGAGCUCCAGCAACGUACUCUCUUCUGUUCGAACAACUCUAGAUAAAGACUUACAAAAGCUCGGUGUCGAACUCAUCCGCAAAACUUGUGUGAAAGCCGUUGAGGCCGGUGAUGAUGGCAAGACACAAGUUUUGAUUCUAGACAAUGGGUCAAGGGUGAUUACCGAGUUAUAUCUUCCAUGUCAUGGAAUUCGACUAAACAACGGCUUCAUUUCCACCAGUUUCCUUGAUCCCCAGGGCAAUGUGAAUAUUGAUGACAAUAUGCGCGUGGUGGGCACAGAGAACAUUUGGGCUAUUGGUGAUGUGAGCAACGCUGGUCCAAAGCAGCUCACUGUAACGGAUAACCAGAUUGUCUACUUGGCGGGCGCAUUAGAUGCUGCUUUAACAGGGAAGGAUUCCAUCGCAUCUUACCAGCCUGUAAAAAAAACGAUGAUCUUUCUAUCGCUGGGAAGAAAGUACGCUACUGGGCAGAUUGGUAGCUGGAAACUAUGGGGCGCAUUGGUGUCAUACGUCAAAGGCAGGAACUUGUUUGUUGAUACUGCAGACGGCUACGUUAGCGGGAAGCAUCUUAGACAUUCGUCGAUGUAG